GGUGCACAUUCUCCGGAGUAUCAAAGUCGAAAUUCUGGUGUCUUAGUGGAUAAUCUUCCUCAGUUACCUGUUGAAACGUCCACUCCAACGGGACAAUUGUCCUCCUCUUCCUUUCACUCUGCUACUUCAUCCUCAUCUGCUGGUCUCUCCGUGACGCACCCAUCCACAUCCAUAACCUGGGGGCAGAAUGCCACUUCGAUCUCCCCACCCUAUCUUGCCACGGAGCUGGAUGCCGCAUCUCUGAAUGCAUUUUGUUAUCUCAUUCCUGGGUCCGAUUCCUCUGUGCCCGACGGAAGCUCCGGACCCGGAAAGCAUUCAUCCGCCAACCCUUGA